AUGGCGAAAUAUACCUGGGGGCCUUCUCUAUCUUCUCCAUUAAACAUGGCUGCUCUUCUCCUUCUGCUCCUUGUCGGGGCGCUGACUGUUGAAGCGGCUUCCCGCCCUUCUGUCUACGCACAGAAGGGCUUGGAACAACUUCGCAGGCUUCGAGAUGAAAUGAACAAGAACAAAGAAGACAUGAAGCAAUCGGGAGACUUGGAAACGCCUUUCAACAAAUACUUUCGGGGCGGUGAUUCCUCUUUCACAGACCUUGCAAACAUGGAUGACCAGCAACUUCAUGUUGCGUUCUAUAUGAUGUCGAACCCGAACAGGCCUUCUCUGCUCACACUGUACUUUACGCGCUCAUUGCGUCAGGUUUCCCCUGGUGUGUUUGUCGUGUUCUCAGGUGGCAAGGUGUCUGAGUCUGACUCGGAGGGGUCUCGAGACGAAAUGUUCGACACGGGGUUCUCGCCGCCCGCCAUGAACGCCUCCGCAACUCCGGGAGGGGACAGACUUGUGCAUGUCAUGGAGUGCACAGCUGUAGAAGGGAAGAUCGAUUGCUCAGGACUCGCUCCUGGAGCCAAACAGCCUCUCUAUCGGGGCGGCAUCGACGCGACAGAAGUAUUUCAAAUGGUACAGCCGAGGACCGUAGGUCCUGCCGAAUAUGACGAGGAGCGACCGGAUUCGGUUCCUGAUUAUCUCUCUCCGGCCGAUUUCAUGACGCUCCAGCGAUUCACCCAAGCAGCCACCGCUUCGAGCAGGGCUUUUUUGGAGGACCCUGUCAAUGCUUGCCUUGCGCAAAGGAGGCCCACAUACAUUUGCACACUUCUCCAAGAGUUCGCAGCCACAUCAGUCAUCCUCGAGGAAUCUGGCAACCUCGUCUGCGAAGCGCGGGAGGCCCCGUCUGGCAAAGAAAUUGAAGCGAUCAACGCAAGCGUGAAGGGCCAACCCGUCAUCCGUCACGGCGCCCUCGCGCAGCCGUCCGGUGGUGUGACUUCCUCUGCUGCUGGCAAAACGUCAUCGUCACACCCACCGAAGACAGCCGGAGCCGCGUCGGCGGACAUAGGUGCACAAGCUCCCAAAAAAGAGUCCGCUUUCUCGAAGCUGAAGUCAUUGGUGCCCUCCUUUGGCCGAAGGAGGAAGGACUCGUACGACGUGGCUGCAGGAAUUUCGCAACUGGAAGAAGCUGCGGCCGAAGGCGAACAGUCCGAGGGAGAGACAGCGGAGGCAAACCUGAACCCGCCGCCGUAUAAUCCCAACUCAGGGCAAGUGGGUGUCCCAGAGGCUGUAGUCAAGGCGUACGAAGAGGCACGCCCCCUCCAGCAGCAAGUCAUUGACAACUUCAAGCGCCAAGUUACCGAGGCAGCCGCGAAGGCGGACGACUACGCUCAAGCUUCUGCGUACAACGCAAUGCAAAAUGCUCUGGCGAAGGUUUCUGCUGGCUACCACGUCCGCGCAGGCACCAACGUCAUCAUGAGCUCCUGCAAGCGUCUCUUGGAGACGCUGGCGGCGAAUCCUCCUGGGAACGGCGUGACGGUUCCCCUCGACACCAUCCGGCUACAGCUCAUUUCAGCCUUGACGCAUGAUUUCGCCGUAGCCCAGGCUUUCCUGGACUACCCGCUGAACAUCGUUCAGAGUGCCUUGGAUAACCUGUCGCGCCAGACGGUAGCGACCGCACUCCUCGAAAUUGCUGGCAUUGAGGAGCUCAUUCACGAGACAGCCGGAGUCAAGUCCCGACUUGCUGCAAAAGGCGCGGACACCGCGGAAAACGUCCGGAAAGAAGUCCUCCACGAAGCGUAUAGGCAGCUGAAACUCGAACUGUUCCAGGAGAUUGUUGUGAAAGUCUGCGAUGUCAUCGAUAACCCUGACAAAUUUGUUCAAAGGAUCCUUGUCACUGAGCCAGCGCCCACCACGCCCCUGCGCACAGGCGGCCAUCUCGCUGCGGAGUAUAUCCUACACUUGAGAGACGAUCUCUGCGACGUCACGUCCAGCGACGCUCAGAUCUUUCCCUCAGCUCCCGCCGACGAAGGCCUCAAGGACUUCCCCAGACACAACCUGGGCGAACGGAUUAUGGGCUGGAUGGAUGUCAUGGUUCGCUCCAAAACCGUGCGCAAGGAUCUCUUCAAGAUUAUCGACUUCACCAAGACUCAAGAAGUCCUCAACUUCGCCAACGAAUCAUGGAAGGCGCAGAUCGCCGAGCUGCAGGGGCCAGCCACCCCGGCCCCAGGAUUUUACGCCAUCACAAGCAGCGGCUGUCGGAACGUGAACGACGAGAUCAAGAGACGCUACUUUGAUUUGGUCGCCCACAACUCUGCCUUCAUGAAGCUUAGCAGACAAAGAAGCGACGCGUCCCGCCAACGGCUCGUGCAGAAAGUCGCCAUGCUCCACAACGAAGGCGUCUUGUCCCAGCUGCCCCUGAGCGCGGACUACGAGCUUAUGGAGCUUGCUGAUGCCAUGCAGAAGAAUUUCGUGGCAGCCCCUAAACAGCUCCUCGCCCGUCGAAAGGCCAAGCACUCGCCGUACGGCUACCUGGAGCUCUGCGACCUCACCUGCUUUCGACAAGUGGACAAGCUCCACAACGACGUUAUGAGCACAGUCUUUUUCUCUCUGGACGGCACCCUGAUGAAGGUUGUCUCUAAGGUCCACCGCGCAUACGGAAUUGCGAAGGCCUUCUUCCAGCUUGGGCCUAACGAGCAGCACAUCGCGGACCCGAAUCUCGGCAUGUGGGCGCGUCGUCUGUUCAACUUCUGGGAGGCACACAAUGAAGUCCGAAAUAUGCAGGGUGUGAAGACUGUCAAAGUGAACUACAAGAAGCUCGAGAAAGGCGAAUUCACGUUGGAUACUGUCCACAUGCGCGACGCACUCGUCCGCUACGUGAACAUGUUGAAGGCCGACCCGGCGACUCGAGAUCUCAUGAACCUCGUCAUUCACACGUGGAUUCAAGUCCGCGGACUUCGCAAUGCCGCCAAGGGCUUCAAGGACUCUAAGAAGGUCAAGGACUCGCUGGGAGAGUCGGCUGUCGGUGCGGUAUUCUCGAAGUUGUGGUAUGAACACGACGUUACUAACCUGGCGCCACACCAGCACUUAAAGCCUUUUGGAGCCCCGCUUGCUUCCGUGGCACUUCAAAUCGGUUUCUUCCUUCAUACUGCGGUCGAGGAGUACAAGAUGUCGAUUUUCGAGAAGGCGGGCGCCCAGAUCAAAUCGUGGUUUAUGGGCAUCUUCAGUAAGAACAAAAGGCGCUCGAUCCCGCGAACCUGGCAGGAGGUGGUGGCCGCGACAAGGCGCCAGCCGAGGAUCGACUUAAAGAAGUACCAGGGUGGGCUUCUGGUGCUUAAGAACCUCGCGAGAAUGUUCCGCGAGAGAUUCCUUCACCGAUUCCACAUGCAGGGGCAGGGAAGCAGAAUCGACUACAACACUCCCACCCUCCUCAUUCACGCGCUCGUCGCCCUAUGGAUGGACCCCACACUCAGCCGUCUCGAUCUCUCCAGCCCGCACAUUCACCAGGCCAAAAAGCUCUUCUGGUACAACGUCUGGGUCAACGAGAACGGUCCCUCCAACGCGGCCGCGCGCAUCGUGCUUGUGGGGUGCAAGAGGUUCACUCAUCUCGACGCCGGAGUUGUGAGAAGCGUGACGACCGCGACUGGCGAAGUUGUACAGGCGGGCUCGGACAUUCUGAAGAUCUCCAAGAUUCGCGUGAACAGGAGCAGUAUCGAGUCCUACAUGAACCUCCUGCAGGCCUCGUACGAGGAUCCUCUCACCGUGAUUCAAGUCGCUCUUGACCUCGCAGAGCGGUGCGAGGGGUACACCUCCGCUGGCGACCGCCGCGCCCACUCCUUCGCCAGCUCCUUCGCGGGUGAAUCCGCGGCGGGAGACAUCUCCGCCGCGAACGCCCCAACGACAGGAUCUUUCGUCGAGAGCAAAGAGCAUGCAUCCGAGGCCGAAGACGAAGACUUCGACGAUGACGAAAAUGUGGAACUCUUCUACCAGGACCUGCCGAAGGAGGGCCAAAGCUUUGCUCAGCUGGCCAAACUCAAAGAGAAGACGAAACUGAAGCUGCUCAAGUCAAACGGGCCAAAAGGACAGGCGGCGGUGGCAACUCCGAAGCCCAUUAAAGUCAAAGCUGGAAGUACCGACAGCGAGACAAGUGCCGCCAUUCUGGGAUCCAAAUUCAUGCUGGAUCUGUGGUGCAUCAAAUACAAAAACAUGGUCGUGGCCAAACUGGCGGGCAUCAAGACGACGGACGUCGCCGCGAUGCAGAAGGAGAUCGAGAAGGUGUACAACGCGGUCGGCUCGAUUAAGAUCGCCGUCCCCGCGUACAAGAAGUUGUGGGACAUAUCGAUUCGUUGCGACUGGAUGGUGAACUACCCUGACCAGGAUAAAAUGCGGGCCUCACGCGCAGAGAUGGUAUCCUACGCUCUCUCAAAGGCAGGCACAGGAAAGAAGAUCAAACGCGCUCUGCAGAAGGCCAGCUCGUGGAUCAAGAAGAAGGCGCUGGCAUUCAGCAAGCAUCUCAAGAGGCUCAAGGAGAGGGUCAAAGGCGCCAUCGGAAAGGCGUCGCCGGCGAAGGCGAAGGUCCGCGACUGGGCCACCGUCAAUGCGGGAUUGGGCCACUGGACUGGCAAGGUCUACACCACACAUCUGACCUUCAACGAAGACGAAAUGGCCUGCAACGGCCCGCACGAGCCGAUCAGGGCCGUCUCAUGGAAGGACGGCUUCACCACGUAUGCCUCGUCCUCACCAAGAGCUGAACAGAACUUCGUGCUAUGCAAGGUCGCCGAUGGCAAGCACUGCUGGGCGACGCGCGAGGCGCUUUUCUACAAGGGAUGGACCGGCACUCCCCUGUACCAGCAUGCGCACCCCGCGGGCUUUUGGCUCGAGGAAAUCGCUCCGUCGAAUGGUAUUUACGUCGUGAACAGGGACGGCUACCUCACGACUGGCAGCAGCCUGACGCUCCAGGACAUCUUCGCCAGCGCGGAGCCCGUGGCGCUGAACCCGCAAGCGGUCAUGCGCAUCAUCGGCUCAGACGGAAACCUCAUCUACGAAGGCCCCGUCUCCGGCGUGGUACAAACCCCCGGUGGCGCGGUGACUAUGGGCAGCAUCCGCCAGCUUGUCAGCGGCGUGCAGGCGGCUGGCGAUAACAUUGAAGUCAGGGUCAACGUUGCAGGUCCGCAGCUCUCGAGUGUCGCGGAGCUCAGUGGAGUCUACAAGGGGCGACCCGACCUGUACGUCCGAGACAGCGAGCACCAGGGAAAUUAA